UCAGUCUGGACGAGUUAUUUGGGGACCUCAUCGUAUUUCCGUCUGAAGAGUCCAUCCAAUCUGCCUGGUGUGGUAAUGAAUCCACACCGUGCCCCGACUGCAGUAAUGGUGACGCCACCAGUAUUUGUGCUGACAGGCUGGUAUCAAGAGAUAUGCACAUCUCCCUGACAAAGCUUGCUCUGUUAGUACAAGCGGAAUGGCCACUACGAAAAUUGAUGGUAGACGAAGGAUGGGACGAACCAACAGAACGAUUUCCCGACAGACAACAUGGAAACACGUCGCUCUUCUACGAGGGUCGUGCAGCAACUAUAGGCGUCACUCAAGAACUCGACUUAGCCAGAUCCUUUGAUGAAGAUAUUAACCGGAGAUUAUAUCAGCUGGCAAAAUGUGCAGGGUUACGCAUGCGUGACGGCCAAUCAGAUGAGUUUCGGGAAGUAUGUGUUGGAGAACAGACUGACCAUUUUCGGCGUAAGAGAUCGCUAAGGUCACGCAGAUCGACAGGACUUAGUCUCGAUUCAAACUGCAAAGAAUCCAUCUGGCCCUGCAUUGAUUUAUUUCAAAGUAUUUUGACAGCCAUCAGUUUUGAUCCAUCUAAGGUGUCAUCUCAACUAGGAGGUCUAGAUUUAUUCCAAGCCGGUGAUAAAGAAUAUCCGUCGGGCAGAAGCGUAGUUGACGUUUGUGGUGAUAUAGACGAGACCUACUCCCGAUAUAAUAUCAAACAAAUGCAAAGGCUACUCCAGUAUCCAUAUAAUGAUAUCGAGUUCCCUGCCGAAGGCUCCAGUGAACAAAUGUGUGGGUCAGUAACAAGACGCUGUGUCCAAGAUACCGCGUAUAGCUUCUCCACUGAUCCAUUACGAUGGCUAAGCAGUAGGAUGAUGAUACCGAGACUUGCCUUAAGACUUUACACUUUCUUCCUUUACCUAACGGAAGCCAAUAUCAUCGAUCCGUGCUGUGAUUCAUUCAAAUAUUGUAAGGGAGUCUGCAUACAUGAGGGCAUGGCGUGUGAAGGUAGCACACGGAGGAAACGACAGACGACUGAAAACAUUCAACGAGGUACCAGGACAAAACGAUCAACUUCAACAUCAGACGAAAUUCUGUCUAAAUUCCAGAAUAAUGGGAGGGCUAUACAGGUGGACCUCUCAGAUAUCAACGUUACGAUGGAGUAUGCCGCAAGUUUGGCUGUCCUGGCGGGAUUCGAUUUCGUUGCUAUUCGCGAAUCAUGCUUGGACUUAUUCGUCCGAAAUCAGGCUGGAGUCAAGGCGAGCAUUACACCCUUUCCUUUUGCGAAUCUGAUUGACGUUAACCAUCCAACGAACAGUGGAGAUGAAUACAUUCUCACUGACGAAAUAAUUCCACUGUAUGACGGAUACAGGGCUGAACGGAAAUUGUCAGACUGCUAUAAAAUAUCUGACAUUAGAAAUCAAGGACAUCACAACCGAUAUUUUAGGUUUGAUACAUUGCUGCUUGAGUGUCUAGAAGAAGCAAGCUAUGAAUAUGGAUCCUGUAUUCCAGUAGUGAAAGGAUCAGCCUACAGGACGAAAUCUAUCAACAAUAUUAACAUAGAGGAGAGACAUGCUGAAGAGCUAAAUAACUUUAUUCGCGGGAAGGCGGUAGAAAUCAUGCCUACCAACACCAAAACAGACGAUCCUCUGUACGAACUAGGACUAACGGUUAUAAGAACAUGUACUGCCAACCUGCGGUUUAAACAGAUCAAAAUUGGCAUAGGAAGUCACUCCGACCGCCUGUAUUUGGACAUCCGGGAAAGUGAAGGGCCGAGGGAUCUCAUGUCCCUGUGGGAUGUUGACAAUCCCCAGUUGUUCAACAAGAUGAAACAGGUGCAAGACGACCUGUUUGCUGGAGGACCUCUGAUCAGACCGACAAAUGUUGAGGGAGCUUGUAAGAAUCCGCCACUAGGCCAGUCUUUGUAUUAUAUAAGACAACCAGCAAGCCUAUUGAAUGUAUGCAUAUUCAAUAAUGAAGACUUUUGUGAGGACACCGUGGAAGCAAGAGAGAAAGCAGUACAAGCGUUGCUAAAAAACCUCGUCAGUGUGGUUGGUUCUGGAUAUUUUUCAGAAUCCGCUAUAAGAGGACAGGCCGAACAAUGCUUCGUCACUCAUUGUGGAGGAUGCCUAGGACGAGGUAAUAUAUGGACGGAGAAAACAAAGAGCUGUAUGUCAUUUAUUAAGACAUUCCUGUCUGCAUUGUCACGUCCAUUUGGCGGGAGUCUCCAUGACAACGCCGCUUUCUUUAAUAUGGAUUCGCGUGCAUCAAACGUGAAAACUGUUGCGUGUUAUGUUGGUAACCUUUGUCUCCCGGACGUUCAGUUUUAUUCCAUACUAUUGACGACUUUAGAGGGAAUAUACCAACCGAACAGCGAUAAUGAUGUAGAAGAGGCGCUGUAUGGACCAUCAGACAAUCCACUUCCGGUUCUCGAUCUUUUAGAACAGGAAAUGGCGAUGUCUGCAAGUGGCGUCGUAAAGAUUUACUUAGAAUCAAAGGAUGACCUUAAUGCCCUCUAUCCUAUCAUAAAGAUAUUGAUGACCUACAAUCGUAACGUAAAUGAAGUGGAAUUCCACCUUACGACUGGGAUAUCUCACACAUGGGUUAUCUCCUCUUUGAAAAAUAAGAUACAGAGAUGGUCUACUGCCGUCUGUCCUUCUCGCAGCAGGAUUGCGGUUGCACCAUACAAACUAAUUGACAUACCGGAACAACGACGUAAAAGAUCUGUUGGCGAAACUCCAAAAAUCUUUCGUUCGAAUCUCCGCGAUGCCGAACUUGCAUGGUUGAUGCGCAAUUAAAAAAUACAUUGUUGCUUGAAUCUAAUCAGUAUUGAAUGCCAGAUAUAUUAUCAUGAAGGCAAUUUACUAGCAAUGAAGGAAAAUUAUCUUACCUUAUCAAUGGAAUACAUCUCAAUUAAUUGAUUCAUAUGAUCAUGGUUUUAUUUUUUUUCUGUAAUUAAUCUCACCCAAUAUGUAGUAUAGGCGUACCGGUCAUACAAAUGUAGUAAAUCAUCGUUACAUUGCUACUUUUAGUUCGGCGAUAUUUUAGCAUUGCAAACACAUUUUGUGAUAAUCGAUAUCGACACUAGUUAAUACAGGAAUGGUUCAGAAAAAAAAGCUGUAUUGAAAUAUCUUUGUUUCAGACGACAAAUGAAUCAAGCUAAACGAAAACGAUAUUUUCACUUGCUGAACAUUUGCACUAUUUCUGUUAUUGAUAUAUUUUACAAAAUGCUAAACAAAUGUUAUUAUAGACAAGCAAAUAAAAGCUAAAAUAUGAGCAUAAUAGUUUUUUAACAAUAUUGCACAUCUAAAUACCACCGAGUUGAAAACACUUCAGCCUCACUGAUAGUGAAUGAUAAUCUGGUAAAAGAUGAUAGACAUGCUAAACAUAAAAUAGUUUCAUUGGAAAGACGCUCAAAUUGUGAAAAAAUGCAAACGAACUGAUAAUCGCAACCGAAAUGGAAAGUAUUUUUGAAAUGUCAUUUGGUUGAAACACUUUGUCGCAAGUUGUUCGUCAUUGGCAGUAGUACAGUACUUUUGCUACCAAUGUAACUUUUCUAAUUCAUUAGUUAUCAUCCGGACCUUCCAAAUAGUUUUGCCUUGUACCUAUAUUCUAUAUAAUCUAUGUUUAUCUGUACCGAGAUAUGUUUCAAGAUAUUGUAAUGAGACUAAUCAAUCUUGUUCUCAAGCUUAUGCUUAUUUCUUUGUGGUGACCACCAAUUAGGAAUGGCACUCAAACUCUUUACUUGUCAAUGCUUUGUUAUCUAAAUACCUUCCCGAGGCAAUGACAUCAUUUAUUGUUAUAUCAGUAAAAGUUCACUUUUAACAAAAAUGACCAUGCUUUAUUUAACUGCUGUAAUGUCACCUUUUAUGUUAUUAACCUUAAUUACAUAAUUGUCUAUGUAUCAAUAUUGACAAUGGACUGAUCUAUAUUAUACAUUUAUACCGGAGACCCGAAAGACACUUGGAUUCACAACCAGCAAAUGGACAACAUGUACACUACCGAUUACCACGUGUGAUCAAAACUCCAUCAUUGAACUUGCUUACGUUGCAAAUUUGGUUCGCCAGCUAAAUACAUUGUAUUUAUUGGAGUACUAAUACAUGUGGACUCAAUAAUCCUAUUAAUUUGUAAAGCUGUAUAUAUUGUAACUUGAAUAUACAGAUGUACAUGUAUUUAGAGAAAAAUAUAACAAAAUAUUGCAAACUGA